AUUGAAUUGUCCUCAAUAGGCGCUGCUGAGAUGUCUUCUAUUCUUGAAGAGCGUAUUCUUGGGGCUGAUACCUCUGUUGACCUUGAAGAGACUGGGCGUGUCUUAAGCAUUGGUGAUGGUAUUGCCCGUGUACAUGGGCUGCGGAAUGUUCAAGCAGAAGAAAUGGUAGAAUUUUCUUCGGGCUUAAAGGGUAUGUCUCUGAACUUGGAACCUGACAAUGUUGGUGUUGUCGUGUUUGGCAAUGAUAAACUAAUUAAGGAAGGAGAUAUUGUGAAGAGGACAGGAGCCAUUGUGGAUGUUCCAGUCGGUGAGGAGCUGUUGGGUCGUGUAGUAGAUGCCCUUGGUAAUGCCAUUGAUGGAAAGGGUCCAGUUGGUUCUAAGACCCGUAGGCGAGUUGGCCUGAAAGCCCCUGGAAUCAUUCCUCGAAUCUCUGUGCGGGAACCAAUGCAGACUGGCAUUAAGGCUGUGGAUAGCUUGGUGCCAAUUGGUCGUGGUCAGCGUGAGCUGAUCAUUGGUGACAGACAGACUGGUAAAACUUCAAUUGCUAUUGACACAAUCAUUAACCAGAAACGAUUCAAUGAUGGAACUGAUGAAAAGAAGAAGCUGUACUGUAUCUAUGUUGCUAUUGGUCAGAAGAGGUCCACCGUUGCUCAGUUGGUGAAGAGACUUACAGAUGCAGAUGCCAUGAAGUACACUAUUGUGGUGUCAGCUACAGCUUCUGAUGCUGCCCCACUUCAGUACCUGGCUCCUUACUCUGGCUGUUCCAUGGGAGAGUAUUUUAGAGAUAAUGGCAAACAUGCUUUGAUCAUCUAUGACGACUUAUCCAAACAGGCUGUUGCUUACCGCCAGAUGUCUCUGUUGCUCCGCCGACCCCCUGGUCGUGAGGCCUAUCCUGGUGAUGUGUUCUACCUGCACUCCCGGUUGCUGGAGAGAGCAGCCAAGAUGAACGAUGCUUUUGGUGGUGGCUCCUUGACUGCUUUACCAGUCAUAGAAACACAGGCUGGUGAUGUGUCUGCUUACAUUCCAACAAAUGUCAUUUCCAUCACAGAUGGACAGAUCUUCUUGGAAACAGAAUUGUUCUACAAGGGUAUCCGUCCUGCCAUUAAUGUUGGUUUGUCUGUGUCUCGUGUCGGAUCUGCUGCCCAAACCAGGGCUAUGAAGCAGGUGGCAGGUACCAUGAAGCUGGAAUUGGCUCAGUAUCGUGAGGUUGCUGCUUUUGCCCAGUUCGGUUCUGACCUCGAUGCUGCCACUCAACAACUCUUGAGUCGUGGUGUGCGUUUGACUGAGUUGCUGAAGCAAGGACAAUAUUGUGAGUUCUUUUCUUCAUUUGCCCAAGUUCCUACUGUGUCUGUUAUCUAUGCAGGUGUAAAAGGAUAUCUUGAUAAAUUGGAGCCCAGCAAGAUCACAAAGUUUGAGAACGCUUUCUUGUCUCAUGUUGUCAGCCAGCACCAAAGCCUGUUGAGCACUAUCAAGUAUGAACAUAAUUAAUGUCCUCUUUUUGUA